AUGCACGUGCAACUCAAGAGGGCAAGGAGAAGGACAAAUACACAAGAUAUAAAGUUAGCAAUGGAUAUGAUGGUUGUGUUCUCUGACGAAGAUGAUCGUAAUGCCUACAGUGCUAUUGUCGAAAGGCUUGCGAAAAAGUUGGAACUUCACAGUGUUAAGGAUCUUGAGGUAGAAACAGUGGCUAUUGGAUACCUUGCUAGAGAAAGAAAGGGACACCUAGAAGAGAGAACACAUAAAAUAAUUGGUCUUCUCAACCAAUACAAAAGGAUUGCAUGUAUGGAAGAAAUUGGGGUUGUUAUAGAUGAUGAUCCUGCCAUGCCUAAUAAGAUGUUUGGAAGAAGCACUUCUUUGAACAUCCCUUAUGAGUUUCUAUGUCCAAUAACACUUGAAAUCAUGACAUGUCCUGUUAUUGUUGGAAUUGAACAGGGAAAGCAUAUAGAAGUGGUUCAAAUCCAAUCACAACUCUUUCCCAAAGACAAGGCAACCACUUGA